UAAGUCUUCGUUCAUGCGUAGUCUUUCUCCUGCUGGAAGCUUGGUCAUGUUGAAUUUUAAUUUGCUCCAGUUUUAAUAUAGUUUUUAAAAUUUUAGCAUCUUUAAAUUUUUCGUUAAUUAUAUCGUAUCAUUUUAAAUUUUAGUUCAAACAAUUUUUACAAAUUUUAAUAAUCUACGAUGCGCCGUUGUACUUUAAUCUUCCUGUUGUCCGGCUUGGCCAUCGUGACGCUGGGAAUCGUCUUCGGAAUGGUGAUAUUUCCGCAUGUACUGCAUAAGAAGAUUAAACAGCAAAUUCGACUCGAACGAGGAGGCGAACUCUACAAUAAAUGGGUGGACGUAAAAAUUCCAAUUUACAUGAAAGUCUACUUUUUUAAUAUUACGAACCCGGCAGAAUUUUCGGAGGGAGAGAAACCGAUUUUGCAGGAGGUCGGACCUUGGAUUUAUCAACAGAGACGACAAAAAGUCGUGCUUUUGACCAACCCAGAAAAUGAUACGGUUCAAUUUAGACCAAAAAUUACCUACUUUUUCCGAGCCAACAUGUCCCAAGGAAGGACGGAGGAGGAUGUUCUCAACUUUGUCAAUGUGCCUUUAUUGAGUGUAAUUUCCAAAGCCAUGUCGAUGGGUGGUUUUGCUAGAUCCUUGAUAAAAGGCAUAGUUGACGACCACGCGGAAGAGUUAUUUGUCCAGAAAACCGUGGGAGAGUUGCUUUUCAAGGGGUACGACGAACCCAUGAUUCGAGAGCUCUCAGAAUUUCAAGGAGAAGAAAUCAUGCCGGACAAUCAAUUCGGAUUUUACUACGGUAAAAACGGGACUGCUCAAGACCUCUUUGAAAUCUACUCGGGCAUCGUGGAGAAUGAAAAGUUUGGGAUGACCAUUAGCUGGAAGGGGCGGAAGGACCUCGACUUUUGGGGGAGCAAGUACUGCAACAUGAUAAACGGAUCGGAUGGCUCCAUUUUCCCCCCAUUCAUCUCGAGAGACAGAGUAAUUCGCAUUUUCAGUCCGGAUAUGUGUCGCUCAAUCUACAUGACGUACCACAGCGACGUCGAGCUCAAAGGGGUUCCCGCCUACAGAUUCACCACGCCAAAGGAAGUCAUGCAAGAUCCGAGAAUAGAGCCGGAAAAUGUCUGCUAUUGUUCGCAAGCUGUGGAGGACGAGGAUUUCGACCAGUGCAGCAAAGCCGGCGUGUUCAGGAUUGGAGCGUGCAGGAAAGGAGCACCAAUCGUGGCAUCCUGGCCGCACUUCUUUGACGGGGAUGCCGAAUAUCUCAACCAGUCGUUGGGUCUCCGCCCGCAUAAAAUGCUUCACGAGACUUUCCUCUCCCUCGAACCCAAUACCGGAGCACUUUUGGCUGCUUCAAAGAGAUUCCAGAUCAACAUUGAGAUUAAACCGGCACGUUACUUUGCAAAUGUGAAGAAAAUUCCUUCCAUGGUUCUCCCCCUGCUUUGGGUAGAUGAGUCGGUGAGCCUGACUGAUGAAAAUGCGGACAUGUUGCGAGCCAAGUUGCUCACCCCCCUGAAAGUGGGGUCCAUGGGAAUGUUCGGGCUCCUCGGGCUUGGUGCCAUUUUAAUUGUGAUAGCUUUCGUUUUUAUCAUCUUUCCAUGUGGAGGUGAUAAUAAAGGUGAUAAACGUUAAGCCUUACUUUGAUUAUACGUAAAACAAACAAAUUUUAUGCUUCGUAUUUUAAUUAUGUUUCUCAUUAUAAAUUGAUUCAGAGUUUAAAAUUAAAUGUUAAUUAAAUCUGUUAUUAUUGGUUUUAUUA